UCUCAAGAGGAGAUGUUCUGCGAAAUUGACCUGUACAUUCACCGGCUCGUCGGCGUAUUGCGUCCCACCCAGCUGCUGCUUGUGGCAAUGGACGGCGUGGCCCCCGCAGCGAAGAUGGCACAACAACGCGGCCGCCGCUUCUAUGCUGCG